AUGGCAACCUCAGACUUGCUUCACAUGUCGAUAUACGACAUGCCGACCUCGCCUCCCCUGUGGGACAAAGUCGGCAGGUUCUACAUCGGCUUCUGCUGCACGUGGACGUUUCUCGUGCUGUCGGGCAUGGUGUUUUGCGUCGUGAACCGAAACAAGCCAACUCUCAAAAUUCGCGGACUGCCUCUCUCCUUUGGCUCCAUUAUUCUUCUUCACUCGUACUGGAUCCUGGCGCAAAUUACAUACCCGAUUGGCCGCUCAAUACCCGUCAUCCUGGCGUACGACAUUCAGUACUUCUUCAUGGGCAUCUACUUCCCGCUGGGCAUUGCCCUCUUCCACGCCUCCAACCUUCGUUUUCUCCACGUCGCCAAGCUGCAGAAGCAGUUUACAAAUCCUCAGCAUCGUGUCGUACCGGGGUGCAAUGGCGCCAGGACCUCCUUCCUUUGCCGUGUUCGGAAUAUGAACUACACCGCGCAAACUAUGCUGUUUAUUGGCAUCGCCAUGGUGGCACAGGUUUUUUUGGCUGUCGGCAUGUGGUUUGCUUGCAAGAAAUACCACCCUACAUAUGGCCUGCCCGGUACGCAAAUCAAGGGCGAUACGCUGCCGGAGCAACUGGUUGACCUGGGUUGUGGGUGGGAAUGGUGGCCGUCUGUUCUCUGGCAGGUGGACUGGACGUGGAUUGUUGCGCCGUACUUGAUUUGGCGCGCUUGGGGGAUUCGCGACACUAUGGGUUGGCGAACACAGACUAUUGGUUGCUGUUUGGCAAAUCUUCACGCAACUCCCAUGUUCCUCAUCGCUUCUUACCUUCCGGCAUUUGAAAAGGUCAAUCUCUACUUCACGCCGAGUCAAUGGAUCCACCUCUCCAUCAUGAUUUUCGAAAUAUUCACCGUCUUCGUGCCCGUUUUCGAGGUCUUGUCAAUGUGGUUCGUACAAAGGAAGGUCAACCAGAGACAACCCCGGUCCCCUCCAGAUUUCUCCGCGCUGAAUGACUUCUCCGGCGAGAACGUUGCUUUCCUGACACGCAUGGCCAUGUGGAAGACCUCGUGGCCCCUGAUGCCCACGGGCGAGCAAAAGCGCGACGUCUACAACGAGGCGCUCGCCAUCUACACCGACUUCAUCAGCCCCCGUGAUGCCGAAUUCCCACUGAACUUGUCAUCACGAGAGCUCAAGCAUCUCGAAGAUGUAUUCGAGAAGCCCACCCGUAUCCUGUGCGGCGAGGCAUCUGCAAACCUCGCUACUCCUUUUGACAUUGAGGCGCCCAUGUCAUUGAGCCGCGAAGUCUCACACUCCGACAUUGAAACACUCGUGAAAUACCGCGGCGAAAUACCCGCAACCUUUACCCUCGGAGUGUUCGACAAUGUCCAGAGCCAUAUCAAGUACCUCGCCUUGACCAACACGUGGCCCAAGUUUGUUUCCCAGAUGCAGUCGCGGAGGAGAUGGAGUGAAACGGGACGCAGUGUGCUUACUGACGGCUCUGGCCUAUCACACGGCAGUCGACUUUCCGCCCGUUCGGCCAAGGUGCUGCGCGAUUUGGGUUUGUAA